UUUCAAUAAUACUUGUAAAAUAGUUUACCCUCCUUCCCUCAGGGGGACCCCAUUUUGUGGGGUUUCAAGAUUAAAAGAAAUAUCAUUUUCAAUUGUUCAAUAAUUAAACUCAAAACCAUUGUUUACAGCCAUGACUCUCUCAAGUUAUCAACCACACUUAAAUGUGUCUGUUUGGUAGUCUGUUAGCCCACUCCUCGUUGUUUUUUUCCUCUCUAUAUAAUCUAUAUAUAUUACCUAUCUUGCCCGUACGUCAAUUACGACAACCCUACUACAUUAAUUAAUAUUUAUUAUUUAGAUAAAUUACACAUAUUUUUUCAGUAGCCAUAAUCCAUUUGCAAAUUGCAAAGUAGGCUUCCUGAUUCAACUUCUCUAUAUUAAACUGGAAGAUAGACAACAAAAGAAGUUGAUUUCUUCUCUUUUUAGAAACAACAAAUACUAAUAGUUUUUGUUUAAAAAAAAAAAUGGAAGGUCAUGACUUUGCCUUUCCCUUAUCAUGAUGAAUUGAUGAUGACGGAUAACAUCAACACCACCACCACCGGCAGCCUCCCCAUCUCAAACCCAAAGCAGAGUUCUCUGGCAUCAACUCCGUCAAGUUCCGGCCACAGCUCCGAUAUGUCUCCGCUUUCUGCAAUUCUAUCUCUUCUAGUGCUCAUAGCAAUACCCGCUUUGAUCUACGCUUUCUUUUUCGCCAUCAAUUGCCCUCCAAUCCAACUCAGAAGACCUCGCCGGAGGCAGAGUCAAGCCGAUUCCGACCAUUUGAGCAGUAGCUGCAAGGAGAGCAAAGAGACGGAAUUGGUGACGGCCGGCGGGAUUAAGUAUACGAAGGAGGCGGAUCAUGAGGAAGAGUACGGAGGCGAGUGUCCGGUGUGUUUGUCGGCGUUUGUGGAAGGGGAUUUUGUCAGGCAGCUCAGUGGUUGUAAACACUCUUUCCAUGUCGGCUGUAUUGAUAGAUGGCUUGUAACUCACUCCAAUUGUCCGGUUUGUCGAGCUUCUGUUCCGAGUCUCGCACCCACCGGACGUUUGAAACGUCCGGCCACGACCCAGAGGGCCCGGGAAGAUGAUUUCACGCAAGGUUUGCCGGAUGCGGCUAGCUUAGUUUGAUUGGUAUGCCGAUCUUUUUUGUUGUUAAAAUGGGCAUUUUUUUAAGCACCACUUGUACAUAAUCUUCACCUAGUUUCCUUUUUCUUAGGGGGAUUUUGAUUUUUUUCCCUUCUGAUUACUCGCCGGUUUCCCCUGCUCCGAGUGUUUUUGCCUCUAGCCUUUCACACACUCUGUUCUUUUAUUUUUUAUUUUUUGUUUUUGUCAUUUCUCAAAUUAUUUCUAGCCACAGAUGUAGGCAGAAGCUAACUACGAGGUUCAGAAUUCACUCACGAUCUUGGCAGUUGGUAGUAGUACAACGAUUAGCAAUGAAGUUCGUGGUAUUGGAGUGCUUCAUAAGACGAUCGUGUCCUUUCCCACCGACUGAACACCAGUAAAGCUGUUCAUAAUAAACCCAUAUAUUUCCGUCCAAUGUGGAAACGUCUGAUGUAGUUGAAUUUGUAUUGUAAUUUGAUAAUUUUUCGUCAAGAUUACACCGUAAUUAUUCCGGCUUAGUUUCCUCCCCUACUCACUCAACAAUGCACUUUACAGACGACCCUAAAAAUUAAUUGUUUAGAGUAGCUAGCAACAUGAGAUUUACAUCCACCGACUAGAAAUUCCUCCGUCAGGGUUAAACCUUAGCCGGAGUAUGAUUUUAUAGGAGUCACUUAUGCUCGUAAUGUACUUUUUUAGUCACAAACUUUUU